AUGGCGACAAUGAAGCAAAGCAAGAAUCAGCUUAGGAGGGCAAGGAAAAAGGCGCAGAAAGCCGAGGCUGCCACUGGAGCGCCCGACGAAAAGCCACAGACGACAUCACCGAAGAAGCAAGCCCCCGUACCCGCGCCGCAGAAUGCGCCCGCUGAUCUUGAUGCGUCACUGCCUCUCGAAACCAGCGACCCAUUAUGGGAUAUCUAUAAGGGGAUUGCUAGCAAGUUUGAUGAAACGGCGAGCGAUAGUCUUCCUACAAAACAGGCCGAGAAACCGGAAGUGUACUUCGAUGAUGGUGACGAGAUCCCUGACGAGGACGAAGAGACGGAACCAAAAAUAUCGAAGAAGAAACGGAAAGAGAUGAACAAAUUAUCGGUCGCAGAGCUCAAAGCCAUGGUCCGGAAGCCGGAAAUUGUCGAGUGGACAGACACGUCUGCGCCUGAUCCACGGCUUCUGAUCCACAUCAAAGCCCAUCGGAAUGUCGUCCCUGUGCCCUCUCACUGGUCGCUCAAACGCGAGUACCUCUCAUCCAAGCGGGGGUGGAAAAAGCACCAAACGGGGAUUGCGGAAAUGCGUGACGCUGCUCUGGAAAAACAGGAACAAUCCACAUUGAAACAGAAACAAAGGGAAAGAGUCCAGCCCAAAAUGGGAAAGUUGGAUAUCGAUUAUCAGAAAUUGUACGAGGCGUUCUUCCGGUUCCAAACCAAGCCGGAACUGACUCGCUACGGGGAAAUUUACUACGAAGGCAAGGAAUAUGAGACCAAUCUCAAACAUCUUCGGCCCGGUGAUUUGAGCGAUGAACUGAAGGAGGCCCUCAAUAUGCCUCCCGGUGCUCCUCCUCCAUGGCUCAUCAACCAGCAGCGAUACGGCCCUCCACCGUCCUAUCCAGCCUUGAAAAUCCCUGGUCUCAAUGCGCCGCCCCCUCCUGGAGCCAUGUGGGGCUAUCAUCCGGGCGGCUAUGGCAAACCGCCUGUUGAUGAACACAAUCGGCCGCUGUACGGUGGUGACAUUUUUGGAGUCUUACAGCCCCAACAGAAUGCCCAACAGGGGGAGCCGGUCGAAAAGGAUCUUUGGGGCGAGCUACAGGCCCCCGAGGAGUCCGAGGAAGAGAGCGAGGAGGAGGAAGAGGAGGAAGAAGAAGAAGAGGAGGAGGAGGAGACAGAGGCCGGGAUUCAUUCUCCCGGUGGUUUGGAAACCCCAAGUGGCAUGGAAUCAACGGCGCCCUCCGAAUUUGUGGGUGCAGAGAACGUUUCCGGCGAGUUUGAUGUCCGAAAACACCAUCGAGGUACGGAGACGGAGGAAUCCGUUCAUCCUCGCAGUGCCUACCAGGUAAUUCCCGAGAGACAGACCAACGUGCAAGGGUUUUUCGGAGGCGACAGGGCAUACGACCUCAACACGGCCUCGAGCCAGCCUCCUCUCCUCGGCGCCGAAGACCAAAGCCGGAAGCGCAAGAAGCCCGGUGACGUGGACGUCUCUAUGGAUCCUGACGCUCUUCACGCCGAGGAUGGUAUCAGCAAGGAGAAUCUUCAAAAUAUGUACGAGACGCAGAGACGCCAGCAGAAUCAACCUAGCUGGGGGUUCCAGGAGGACCUGAGCGACAUGAUUGCGCAGGAGAGGCGCCGGAAAAAGCGCUGA